GAAGAAGCUGCCUAAUAUGCCAGACACUGCAGGGAAUACCUCAGUGGUAACACAGAGCUCCAUUCAUGUUGGUGAUCUGCGGGCAGGCAGUGCUGAAGGCGCUGAGUGGUUAAGUACUAUACGGUAUAUUUAGCUGGAGACCAGGCUUUAUUGGAAGCACUGGAGAAAUUCGACACUGUUGCUUUCAGGAAAACUACACAAUUAGAAAUGCCAGGGAAAAUGGUGGAACCCACACUCCUGUAUUACACGGUCCAUAUGAUCCUCAUCCUUCAACUAAUCAUGCUGCCAGUUAAUGCUGAUGCCUCUGAGAAAUUAGUAGAAGAUCUUUUCCAUUAUAUUGAUGAACACCAAGAUGAUUUCAUUCAGAGCCUUAAAGACUGGCUGACUGUUCCCAGUGAAUCCAGUGAUCCACAAUUCCGUGAAGAAUUGAUUAGAAUGGUCCACAUGACUGCUGAGAGGAUUCGCACUUUAGGGGCAACUGUGCAGCUAAUAGACAUGGGAUUUGAAACCUUUCAUGGUGGACAAACCAUUCAGUUCCCUCCAGCAAUCCUGGCUGAGUUGGGAAAUGACACUGAAAAGGCGACUGUUUGUUUUUAUGGACAUGUGGACGUUCAGCCUGCCAAAAAGGAGGAUGGAUGGAAGACUGAUCCCUACACAAUGACUGAAAUGAAUGGAAACCUGUAUGGACGAGGCGCAACAGACGACAAAGGUCCUGUACUAGCUUGGAUACAUGCCAUAGAGACGUAUAUUGCCCUGAAAAAGGAUAUCCCUGUAAAUUUGAAGUUUAUCAUAGAAGGAGUAGAGGAAACAGGUUCUCCUGGUUUAGAAGAGCUGCUAAAAGGACAAAAGGAGUUUUUUUCAGAUGUUGACUAUAUUGUCAUUUCUGAUAAUGUGUGGCUUAGCAGCAAGCCUGCCCUUACAUAUGGAACUCGAGGCAAUGCAUAUUUCUUUGUCGAGGUGGAAAGUGGAAAGAAGGAUUUACAUUCAGGAACUUUUGGAGGCAUCAUUCAUGAAUCAAUGAGAGAUCUAGUAUAUCUUUUAGCAAGUCUUGUAGAUACAUCUGGGCAUAUCCUCAUCCCCGGGAUUUAUGAUGAUGUUGCCCCAUUGACUGAGGAAGAAAGUAAACUGUAUGAGAGUAUCGAGUUUGACAUGGAGGAACAUAAAAAUAACACAGAAGUGAACACAUUUUUAUAUAACACAAAGGAAGAGAUUCUGCAGCACAUGUGGAGAUAUCCCAGCCUUUCCAUCCAUGGAAUCGAAGGAGGAUUUGCUGGAAUUGGGACCAAAACGGUCAUACCUUCGAAAGUCAUUGGAAAGUUUUCGAUUCGACAAGUUCCAAAUAUGCAAAUCCCUGUUGUAGAAAAGCUGGUGAAGAAGCAUCUGGAAGAUGUGUUUGCUAAACUGAAAAGCCCGAACAAGCUUAAUGUGUCACUGGAGAUUGGAGCACUGCCAUGGGUGGCUAACGUGGAUGAUCCUCAGUAUGAAGCAGCUAAGAUUGCAAUACGAAAAGGUUUGUGCUUCCUUCAAAUAAAUGUACUAUGCAUGUAAAUAAAUAAAAAACUAUACUGCAAGAUCUCUUCUAAAAUUUAAGGUGUAUUAUGUUAAACUGCUGACAUCGUUAAGAAGGGGCUGAGGAGAGCAGUACAAACAUACAUUUUAUGGAAAUUUUAUCAUCAGGACUAGUGAUAACAUGAAUUUUAAGUGUUGGUUCACACUGAGUUUUUUAGGGGAGGUUAUGAUGCAGAUUUGCUUGUAGGGUUUUCAGCCAAAGCUGGAAGUGAAUUUGGAAGGAAUUCGAAAUAUUAACAAAGGAUUUAUACUUUUUUCUGCUGGAUCCACAUCUGGCUUUGGCAGAGAAACCUACAGACAAAUCUGCCUCAAAGCCUCCUCUAUGUGUGAACCUACCCUAUGUGAGACAGUGACAGGUAGAGUGAUUGAUGGCAGGUAUUUUUCCCCCAGAAUCCUGUCAUAUGCAGCUUAAGCUCCAGGGAAUGCCCAGUAUGUAGUGGAAAGCCCAAGCUUUCUUGAAGUGGCUUUGUAAAAAUUCAACAUAGGGCCUGGAGUUUUGGGUUGGGGAAGAUUUGGGCAGGUUCCCCAAUCCGCAGUCCACUUCUGGUAAGAGUUCUAGCCUGCUGUCUCUGAUUAGCUGCACCUGCGGUGCUUUCAUAAAAGAGUCUGGGCUGAGAGCUGGAAGAGCUGGGACUGAUAUGCUGGUGCUUAUGAGUAACUUGCUGCGAGAAGAACUUCAGGGCUGACAGUACUGUGUAUAGGAUAGUUAGUGAAACACUGUGUAGUUAGUGCUCAGACGAGCAGGAUUUGUUUUUGUGUUUUGCCUGAAAUGUAAAGGCCUUUUAUUUUUGUUUUUGAAACAACAAUAAAGUGGCACUUUGUUUGGACUUCAUCCUGUGUGUCACUGUCUCUGACUGCCCCCAUGCCAGUCAAUCCUGCCUCUACCAGAGCUAAUUCCCACAUAUGGUGGAGGAUGCGGGCACAGUCUUAAAGAGACAUACACUGCAUUAAGAGACUUUGCUGCACAGCGUUCAAAAUGGAGGAGGUACUCAAACAAUUGUUACAGGCUAAUGCUAGUCUUCAGCAGGCUGCUGCCAACUAAAUACAGGUCAGCGCAUCCCUGCAAGCAGCCAGCGCCACCCAGCGAUGAGUACAUGAGGAAGCCAUGCGUGCCCAGGCGGAAACAAAUUCCUUGCUAGUGGAAUCCGACAGACUGGCCUUAAAGGAACAGCAGCAGAUUAACCGGCAGCUGCAGGAGCUAAUACAGACUUUGGCAGAGAGAGUCCAGAGGCCUCAAGGGCCGUUUCUAACAGUUCGUGCUGCAGUAAAUACCUCCUUGCAGAAGAUGACCCCCACUGAUGACAUUGAGGCCUACCUCACGGUGUUUGAGUGAGUGGCAGAGCGGGAGAAGUUACCUGCAGACCAGUGGGCCGAUGUGGUGGCUCCUUUCCUAGCGGGAGAAUCGCAAAAGGCGUACUUUGACUUAUGCGAGCAGGAUGCCAAGUACUAUGCUAAGUUAAAGGGUGAAAUUAUUUCCCGUCUGGGGGUCAACAUCAAUCUCUGUGCACGACUUGUGCACAAUUGGACUUAUGCAGAGCACUUACCUGCCCGGUCGCAGAUGCAUGACCUUUUCACCUGGUACGAAAGUGGCUGCAACCAGAGGAGUCAACCUCUGCACAGAUCGUGGAGAGAAUGGUGCUAGACAAGUACAUUCGUUCCUUACCUCCUAGGAUCCAGCACUGGGUCAGUCAAGGAGACCCCACAGACACCAAUCAGUUGGUCAACCUGGUUGAAAGAUACAAAGCAACUGAGGAUCUACUCCAAGAAGUGCCUCCUGGACAUACUAACCCUUGGAACAGCAAAAUGCACGGAUCGCUCGGUAAGACUGUUCCUUUUCCUAAAGGGGUAAAAAGUGCUGUUAAGGGAGGUGGCUCAGAGGGGGACUGAAGGUUCCAGAGGGACCCAGAAGUCCAGAACAGGUUCUCAAUUUGGGGACCAGGGCCGCAUACAGUGUUGGCGGUGUCUUGGACAUGGUCAUAUUGCUGCAAGCUGUCCCCUGACUACUGAGCCUAUGGAGUGUGAUACAGCCAGACGAUUAUUUUUGUUUGCACGUCCUGCUUGUUCUGCUGAGACUGAACAGCAAAUGCAUGCCCUAACAGUGAAUGGAUGUACUGUUAAUGCUCUACUGGACUCUGGAAGUUUGGUUACCCUGGUGCAUGCCAGUCUGGUAGACCCGUGGGCCUUCAGAGGACAUUGCAUUGGGGUUUUGUGUAUUCACAAGUACAUUAAAGAAUAUCCCGCAGCCUUAGUCACACUAGAGACUGAAUGCGGAACUGCCUGUCAUGAAGUGGGCAUAGUCAAGUCUCUGAUGCACAGUGUAAUCCUGGGGAGAGA